UGUCAGGAAUGUUUCCCCAGUGUUAGAGCAGGGAUUCACCACAGCUGCUGACUGUGAGCUGCUUCUGAUGAGCUAUUUCCCAUCUGAGUUUACACAUGCCGAUCCAAACCUCCUCAAAAUGUUUAUUACCACAGCAACGAGGUGGCUCCGUCGCUGCGAUAUGCGACUGGCAUCUGGAGAGGUUGUGGUUGGCAUACUGGAGAAAAUGGUCAAGGUAGCAGAUGUCUUGUCUGAGGAGUCCGCCGCACCGCUUGACACCAUGUCGCAGGGGAGCGAUGACGUUGAGGUCCGAGUUGAUCAUCAGGAGUGGAUCCGGAAACUGAACUGGGAGAGAACAACGCUGACGGAACAAUAUGGCGCACUCUACAGGCGACUCUUGCAUGCGCUUGAGAAGGCGUACAAGUGUAAUAAGCUCUGCGGCGACCAGAAAAGGAUCCGGGAACUGCUACACGACGUGCUCGAGGUGUCGCACAACGAGUGCGGGCCCAUAUGCGAGGUCGAUGGCUGCCCCUGGAUUGGACACGACGAGCCGUUCAACCUCCCCUUCCAUGACGAGUGCGAUCUGCUCUCAAAGAGCACCGCCGCGGGCGCGCACGGUGGGGAACGGCUGUCCGAAUCGGAACCGUUGUCGUCCUCCGGGCCGCAGUCGUCAUCGUCAUCCCAACCUGUUGUUUCAUCCGACUCACCAGAAGGCCUCGCACACGCCGAACCGCAUCGCACAGUGUCACACGAAGGUCUUCCAACGCCGGCCAUCAACACGUCUGAACACUGGAGUUCGCGGUGUUCGUUUCUGGCCACCGAGCACAACACGCGACGUCAUGCGAUGGGAAGGGUAAGGGAAGCAAGGUCAAUGGAUGAACUGACAAGACCAGGGGUGACACGGCUAGAACCGGGACGGCAGAGCUCCUGGGGUUGAAAAUACGGACUUAGGUCGAGUGUGUAUAUUUCAUCGGCAUAUACAGUAGUGAAUUAUAUGGGUAUACCUGCUGUUCGCAGGUUUAACAAUGAUGGCACAAGGCGAUAGGUAGCUUGUGACCGAUAAAAUACACUUCGUCAUCAUUCACAUUCACAUACGUCCAGAUCACAGUAUGCUCAGCGUCCUACGUUUCGCCUUCGCAAGUCAAAUAGCAUGUACCCCGUCUCAAACACCUCAAGCCUCCCUGAGUGUUUCGUGUCGGC